UUGUAAAGUGAACAACGACUUCUUCCUGGUUCCAUUGUAGCAACAUGGAAAGAAACGUCUACAUGAUGAACCCUCAAAAUACAGGAUGAUGAACAGACAGACGUCAAGAGUCUGAGGACUAAAGAAAGAGAACAGAAUAUCAACAUGUCAACCUCAGAAACCACAGUGGUCGUCCACAAUCCUCCUCGUAGGAGAAGACGAAGCAAAGAACAACCUCCUCUGAUGAGGAUUGUUCUUCUGGGUUCGAGUGUGUCUGAAAACAGUCUGGUGGGGAACUUCAUCUUAGGACGAGCAGCGUUUGACAGUGAAGCUCCUCCAGAUGUUGUAGAGAGAGUCGGAGGAAGACUGAAGGACAGAGAUGUGAUGAUCAUCAACAGUCCUCAGCUGCUCCAGACGAACAUCUCAGAUCAUCAGAUCACACACACUGUGAGAGAGUGUGUGCAUCUGUCUGAUCCAGGACCUCAUGUGAUCCUUCUGCUCCUCAAACAUGAGCCGUGUUCAGCAGAAGAUCAGGAGCGUGUGGAGAAGGUGCUGCUCUCUUUCUCUGAGCAGGUUUAUCAACACACCAUGGUGCUCACAACACAAGAGACCACAGAAACCAGUGACGUCCUACAGAACAUCAUUCAGAAGUGUGCAAACAGACACUUCAGUCUUCAGAGGAGCAGCUCUCCAGAUGAUCUCCUGCAGAUGUUUGAGGACAUUGUGAAGAUGAACGAUGGACGACACAUGGUUUGUGCUGAAGCUUCACAGUAUUAUUUUAUUAUAUUUAUAUUCAUAUAUUCUUCAUUCACAUAUAAUUACUGCAUUAAUAAAUUCAGAUAA